CCGCGACACGUACGUUUGACGCGAAUCGCAACACAUCAAAGUCGCACCUACGGUUGCAGCGAUCGAUCGAUGCGCACACGCCUGCCUGGGCCUGGGGCUGGGACUGGGAGGCCAAAUUGAGCAAAGCUCCGUCCUCCGUCGGAGCCGAGCAACGACGAUGGACGAGCCAGCCGGCGACGGCGGCGUGCACGGGCAGCGACGGGACGGAGGGCGGCAGCACGCGCCGGCGGUGGUGUCGCUGCGGGAGCUGAGCCUGGCGGACGCGGACGUGGACGCCUUCAUGUCGUGGGCGUCGGACGACCGCGUGAUGCGGUACCUGGUGAAGCGGCCGCGGUGCGACACUCGAGAGCAGGCCGUGGCGCAGAUCCGGGACACCGUGCUGGGCCACCCGUGGUUCCGCGCCGUCUGCGUCGGCGGCGGCGACGGCCGCCCCGUGCCCGUGGGGCAGGUGUCCGUGUGGCCGUACGCCGACGAGGGAGGACGCAGGGCCAACAUCGGCUACGCCCUCGCGCACGACCAGUGGGGCCGGGGCAUCGCCGUCGCCGCCAUCAGGAUGGUGGUGGGCAGGGUGUUCGACGACCUGCCGGGGCUGGAGCGGCUGGAGGCGGUGACGGACGUGGAGAACGUGCGGUCGCAGAGGGUGCUGGAGAAGGCCGGCUUCCACAGGGAGGGGGUGCUGCGCCGCUACAUCGCCGGACGCGGCGGCGAGGCCAGAGACGCGGUGAUGUAUAGCUUCUUGUCGUCCGACCGUGCGUGAUCGACUCGGUGUCGUACCGGGCGCUGAUAGCUAUGCCACCUGAACAUGGUUGUCUGUUCGGUGAUGUGCGUUCCAGAAUUUGUGUAUUGCAACUUGGUAGUGACGGUUUUAUUACACUACAAAGAAACAAUCAAUUUCCUCGGGUGGAAUGACUAGGCAUGGUGUUCAAGCUUAAUUGUACUAUUGUGUAGUACUACAGUCCAUUACUCCAUUGUCCCCGUCAGCUUA